AUGACAAGAACCGACACACUUCACUCGACCACAAGUUCGACCGGAACACAGAGGAGGAGAGGACAACACGCUAAGAAACAGGUGCAGGGCAGUAAUCAGGUCCAACGAGCUCCUCGAGCUUUAUAUUGUCUGAAACUGAACAAUCCAAUCAGACGAGCCGCUCUCUCCAUCGUCGAGUGGAAACCCUUCGAUAUCUUCAUCUUGUUAGCCAUCUUUGCCAACUGUGUCGCUCUGGGAGUUUCCAAACCGUUUCCUGAGGACGACUCCAACUCCACCAACCACGACCUGGAACAAGUGGAGUACGUCUUCCUCAUCAUCUUCACCGUGGAGACCUUCCUGAAGAUCCUGGCCUACGGUCUGGUGAUGCACCCCAGCUCCUACAUCCGCAACGGCUGGAACCUGCUGGACUUCGUCAUCGUCAUCGUCGGGUGA